GCAAAGCCUCGGGCAAGAGCUCUACGCCCAAGAUGGCCAGCCGGAAACUGGGUUCUCGCGCCGAUGUGGCGAAACCCCAUUCGCCAGCUGGGCGCCCGCAGUUGGGAGCCUAACCGCCUUCUCGGUCUGCGCAUGUGCUCAGCUCCCACCGCACGCAGGCGCAGAGCGUCGCUACAUCUAUGGUCCGGAAGUCUGAUAGAGCGUCUACGCACCCUCGCCUGGACUCUAUGGUUCCUACGCGUGAAGAUAGGCUGCCUAUAUAAGACCUGCGCAGGCGUGGGAGCGCCUCUUUCCCUUUGGCACGCCACUGAAGAUCCUGGGUGUCGCCAUGGGCCGCCGCCCCGCCCGGUGUUACCGGUAUUGUAAGAACAAGCCGUACCCAAAGUCCCGCUUCUGCCGAGGUGUCCCUGAUGCUAAGAUUCGCAUCUUUGACUUGGGGCGUAAGAAGGCCAAAGUGGAUGAGUUCCCACUCUGUGGCCACAUGGUGUCAGAUGAGUAUGAGCAGCUUUCCUCUGAAGCCCUGGAGGCUGCCCGUAUUUGUGCCAACAAGUACAUGGUGAAAAGCUGUGGCAAAGAUGGUUUUCACAUCCGAGUGCGGCUCCACCCCUUCCAUGUCAUCCGCAUCAACAAGAUGUUGUCUUGCGCUGGAGCUGAUAGACUCCAGACAGGUAUGCGCGGUGCCUUUGGAAAGCCUCAGGGCACAGUGGCCAGGGUCCACAUUGGCCAGGUCAUAAUGUCCAUCCGCACCAAGCUGCAGAACAAGGAACAUGUGAUUGAAGCCCUCCGCCGGGCCAAGUUCAAGUUCCCUGGCCGCCAGAAGAUCCACAUCUCUAAGAAGUGGGGAUUUACCAAAUUCAACGCGGAUGAAUUUGAGAACAUGGUGGCAGAAAAGCGACUCAUCCCAGAUGGCUGUGGGGUCAAAUACAUCCCUAAUCGUGGUCCCCUGGACAAAUGGCGGGCCCUGCACUCAUGAGCAUCAGCACUGUCCCCUCCUUAAUCAUGCUCACCAAUAAAUGCUAUUUCCUGUCCA